AUGGCAUCUUCAAGUUCUGAAGAACAGUUAUGUUAUGAACCUGAGGAUCCAUCAUUACUCUUUCAUCAAAACGAACACAUUUCAGCCUCAUUGUUGGCGAAUGGCACAUCAAAUGUGUUUAGAGUUCGUCGGACGGAAAGUAAGGUCUGGAUAGUGCAAAUACAUCCAACUGUGAAGCAUUGGCUUGAUGUAUGGGGUUUCAAAGGCUUGUUGGAAUGUGGAAGGCCGAUGAGGAUAGACAACGAGCUUAUCACUGCCUUGAUCGAGUGCUGGAGGCCUGAGACACACUGUUUUCACCUACCAGUUGGAGAGGUUACUGUAACCUUACAGGAUGUGCAAAGCCUGUGGGGCUUCAGAGCAGACGGUCGUGUUUUCACUUGCCGUGACUACCCUAUCGGAUAUGAAGAUUGGCCCAGCAAGUGUCGAGAUAUGUUAGGAUGGAUACCUGACGUAGAAAAUGAAACGAAGCAGGACGGUUUGUUAAUGACAUCUCUUAUCCACCAAACGACGAUACCUUUGAGAGAUGGGCUGUAUGAUUAUGUAUACAUGCAAAGGGCACGUAUUCAUGCGCUGAUCUUGUUAGGAGGUCUUAUUAUACCGGACACCACAGGGUGCAAGGUCCCCUUUAUGGGGUAG